CAUGUAAUUUGGACGAGAGUAUGCUAGGACGAAUGUAUAUGGAAACAAAGACAUCAGAAGAUUUCAAAGCUACCAUAGCAACAGAAGAUGUGAUUAUACUUUCCGGUGUAUUGGGAUCUGGAAAGACUGAGGUUGCCACACAGUACGGAUAUGAGUUCCAUAAAACAAAUCCAACUUCAAUCGUUUGGAUGAUGCGCUCAAAAGACCAGGCAUCACUACAGAUGUCCAUGACGACUCUUGCUAAUAAACUUGGCAUCCUUCAUGGUAAAGAUAAGGACGGUGUCAAGUUGCUGGAAGAUAUCAUAACAAACGCCAUUGUUGGGAGAAAUACACAUACAUCACAUGUAAUCAUCUUUGAUGAUGUCAGAGAAGUUUGUCAGGGGACGGUGAAAGAAAUCAUAAAAAAAUUGGUACCAUCGGCAAAACCUCAAGUAUCCAUAAAGAUCAUUGUCACCACAAUGGAUAAACUUCUGAAGUUACCAAGAGCAAAGCGCAUUCAGGUACGAGGUUUCACUGAGGAAGAAGCAAUAAAUUUCUUGAGUGGGAAUCAAACAUGUACAGACAAGGAUGCUCUGAAAACGUUAUCAAAAAGGAUGAGUUAUCUCCCCUUAGGCCUCAGCUGCGCCAAGACGUACAUGCUUAAUUGUGCUAAAAGCGGCAGAGCAUUUCUGAAGCUUUUAAACGCCAACACACUGGAUAAACUUGACAGUAAACUUGCACAACUCGAAGAGAGUAAUCGAAGUCUAUAUAGUGACUUGGACACUCUGAUAAGAAUAAUGGAGAAAGAGUUGGAUGAAGAUGCCAUUGAAAUGUUUAGAAUGACACAGUUUUUAGAGAAUGAAAACAUACCUGUCGUAUUGUUUGAGCUGCUGUUUCCAUAUUCCGAAAGCAGCUGUGAAGAUGCUGACAAAAAGUUCGAGCAAGAUGAUUUUGCGACAUGUAAUUCUCUUAGCAUUGAUUCUUUGGUCCAAACAGUGCAGAAAUUUUCAAUGGGAACUAUUCAGGGAAUCGACGAUAAAAGAACGCUCACUACACAUACUGCAGUUUCCUUUACGCUAGAAGCCUACACCGACGAAGAAACGAAGAGACGACUCCUGAAAAAGUUACUUUGGCCGUUUGCUUUGAUACUGGAUAAAAAUAACCGAAAUCCAGACGACUACAGCCGCAUUGUGUCUAUACUUCCUCAUGCCAGAUCGGUUCUUCUAAAAGCACAAACUUUGCUGAAAGAGGAUCUGGAAUUGUGUCUACUAAUGACAUUUAUCAAUGACCUGGUAGCAUACACAAACAAUUUUGAAGGUCUGCUUAAACUGGAAAAGUACCACUCUGAACAAGCUCUCGAAUACUGUUACAAGAUCAUGGAAACAACAGAAAACACCUUGAAUAAAGAGGUAUAUGUUGAACAAUGCAUUACGCAUGAGGAACAUCGUAAAUUCGCGAAAGCAAAAGCAGCUUUGAUAGAUAGGAAGUUGACAAAGAUUGGGGAUUCAAACAGAGGCCAGAUUGAACAAUUUAUCCGACAUUUUAUUCUGCAAAAGAGGAGAACAUGUUCAGAUGUUCAGUUUCUUACAGCAAACACGGAGAAUUACGAAGGGGAAGCGCUGACGAUGCAGCAGUAUCAAACGCUAUGCAAGAAGGAGCGGGCUGUUCCACUGACAGAUCUUGUUGAUAGUUUUAUUACAGAAAUGAUUUUGUCAACAUUCUAUACAUACGGUCGACGCAUAUUUUUUAUUGGAAAGUAUGCAGAGGAUGAUGUAAAACGAAAAUUCAUUCAUUAUCUCUUUCUUGCGAAUGAACUCGGAGAAAUACUGAAUACUAAAUGCCAAAAACACAUCCCAUUGUAUUGUAUGCUUGCUCAAAUAAGCGGCAUUCUGGAGUUGGUUUUCGAAGAUAUACCAGAGUUAGGUUUCUCCACAGUCAAUGGCCUCCAUAAAACAGCUAAAAUGUUUCAACAUCACCUUGAUGACGAGCACAGCUAUUACAUAUUUGGGAUAUUCAAAAUGCAGGCGUCUACUGACGGCAUUCACAGGACCGCCUGUCUGAAGCAACUGUUGCGAACGUAUAUAGAACUUCUUAAGAGACACAAAACUGCAUCAAAUGAUAAAUCGGAAAUCAUCAGUAAAGGCAAGGAUGUUAUCAAGAAAUUAGAACAAACUAACCUUGACGCAAAUCCAAGAAGUAGUGCAAUAUGGUCACGAGUUGGUCAGUUCCAAUUUGCUAUUGGAGAUACUGAAAACGCGACAGUAGCUUUCAGGAGAGUGUGCCCCCCUUGCCUUCUAGCAGGUGAUGUGGAGUCAAGAUUUGUCUCGAAGCAUGAACUCACAGCGGCGUAUGGAAUAGCUGAUUGUUAUAACAAACAGGAGGAAAAGAAGUUAGCAAAACAAGUCCUCGAAAACCUCCUUCACAUGCUUCCAGAUGUACAAAUGCAAGAAAAACGCAAUGUACAAGAACGCAUAUCUUCCUUACAUUAAUGUAGAUAUGUAUCGUUGAAUUUACGUAGAA